AAUGAUGGCUAGUAAAAUAUGUCUGCAGUAAAAAUGACGCAGCCAUACUAAUUUUAAUAGCAUUAGUUAGUUUUUUUUCUAAAUAUUUUAUGUUUUUCAUUUUUAAAAUUAGAAGCAAAAUUGUGAUUUCAUUGUCAUUUAUUCGAUGCAAAAUUAAUAACAGCCACACGAAUUAAAUUAAAUGUUACGGAAAUCAAGAAAUACGAAACAAGAGGAAAACAAACGCAGCCCAAUUUUGACAAAAAUAAUUCCAAUUUUCUAUGUGUUCAUUCCGGUCAAAUUAAAUUCAAUUGGUUUUAUUUUCAAAUGGAUGCCAAUAAAUCGGAACUAGUUUUAUCCAAUUCAAUGUUUGCCAGCGACGAACAAUUCUCCGAAGAUGAUUUACUUGAUACAAAUGGUGGACAGGCGGUCACCUGGCUAAAUGACGAUGAAAAUGAAAAAUUAGAUAUGUCAAUCAAUAUAGAUGCAACAAAUAUGUUUUUCAAUCGUGUCGAAUCAGCUGAAAUUAUUUACCAAGCAAAGAAAAAAACCUGCAAAAUGAUUGGUAAAUAUGUGAUGGGCGACAAAUUGGGUGAAGGCUCGUAUGGAAAAGUCAAAGAAGUAUUAGAUUCGGAAACAUUAUGCAGGCGAGCUGUUAAGAUUUUGACACAAAGAAAACUGAAACGAAUACCGAAUGGUGAGCAAAAUGUUCGACGCGAAAUUCAACUGUUGCAAGUGCUGCGGCAUAAAAAUGUUGUGCAAUUGCUCGAUGUUUUAUAUAAUGAAGAAAAACAAAAAAUGUAUUUAGUGAUGGAAUACUGUGUUGGUCAGCUACAGGAAAUGUUGGAUUCGGUGCCUGAAAAGAAAAUGCCAUUGUUCCAAGCGCAUCGAUACUUUCUUCAGCUGAUAGAUGGUUUAGAAUAUUUACAUGGAAAAGGUGUCAUUCACAAGGAUAUUAAACCUGGAAAUUUAUUGAUUACGCUCGAUGACACAUUGAAAAUUUCGGAUUUUGGUGUGGCAGAGGCUUUAUCAAUGUUUGCCAUGAAUGAUACUUGCUCAACGGGUCAAGGUUCACCGGCAUUUCAACCGCCGGAGAUAGCAAAUGGCGAUGAAACAUUUUCGGGAUUUAAAGUUGAUAUCUGGAGUUCGGGCGUAACGCUCUACAACAUAACGACUGGUCAAUAUCCAUUCGCUGGAGAUAACAUUUAUCGGCUGUUGGAGAAUAUCGGUAAAAAUCAAUGGAAAGCACCCGAAUGGUUUCAAAAGUUUGACAUAAAUUUGGCCAGUUUAAUUCUUGGAAUGCUUCAAUCGAAUCCACAACAUAGAUUAACAUUGGAACAAGUUAAACAGCACACAUGGACCGUUAGCACACCGACAAAAGUUGGUACACGCGUCUCAGUGCCACCAUUGAGAACCGAUGAGUUAAGGAGUUCAACGGUUUUGCCGUAUUUAGAUGCCUAUCAUUAUGGCACUGAUGACAAUGAACAAGACUAUUAUACCGAACACGAUCUAACCGGUCAGUAUCAAUUAAAUGCAAUGCAAGGACGCCAAACGAACGACAUCACCAUCGCAUGUUAAAGUGAAUGCAACCAAACGAAGUUCAAAAAAUAGGAAAUUAUCGAAAAAACUAUCAUCAUGUAUAUCAGUUCGAAAGAUGACCGGAUGUCGACCGUCAUAGAUUUGAUUUGUUUGUUAUUUACUCAAUGUUAUAAAUGCGUUAAAUCGAGAGAAUGAAUGCAGAAUAAAAUGUGCAGUCCUGCAAAUGGUUUUGAUUUAAA